CGUCACUAACGAAAGCGAAACUAACGACGUUGAGGAGCGGAAUGGCUGACAGAGGGACUCUUGCUACCUAAAACAGGUCGACAAUUCCGUAUGUCCUGGAAAAGAUGGAGAGAAUCGUCACCUGGACGACCUUCCCGAUCCUUUUGUUGUCCCUCGGAGUUACCGUGACGGACGCGGACGACCUUCAGCUGGUUGGGGGAAAUGUUUAUGAACUGGUAAACAUGGACAUUAUUCUGAAAUGUGUAAUAAAGAACAUGCCAACCAGUGUGAGAAUGGAAAAUAUGGGUGUUGUGUGGACAAAGACGGUUUCUAAUAAUCAGACAUCAAUUUAUACCUUCCAAGCUGGAAGAGAAACCCCUCAACGUAAUGGAACCUACAUGGAUAAGGAUAAACUUUUGGAGGGAGAUGCUUCACUCCAUCUCCGAAAUGUACAGUUUGAUGAUGAAGGUCAAUAUAAGUGUGUUGUGUACAUCACUCCAGUCAAAGGUGAACUGCAAUUUCUGCUUGAAGUAUCUGAUCGCCCCCGCGUUGAUAUUGAGCCAAAGGAAACCGAAGUAUUGAUUGGUAACGAGCGAUCCAUUGUAUGCAGAGCAAAUAACUUUUACCCUAACAAGAUUGACAUUAAAUGGAUAAAAGUCAAAGGAGGAGUGAUUGAACCCGUGACAGAUAAUGUCUGCACUGGAAGUCCUACUAUGAAUGACAAAGGGAUCUUUGAUAUUAGCAGCCGCAUCAUAAUAAAGCCAGUGAUGGAAGAUAAUGGCAACGUGUACAGAUGUGAAGUAUUUCACAGGACAUUUGAAGGUGGAUUCUCUGUGGAAUCAACAUUGAGGGUCAAAGAACCAGAAGAAUCUUCAAAUGCUCUGAUGAUCACAGGGAUUCUUAUUACAAUAUUGUGUCUUCUUGGAAUCACUGCAUUUCUGUUAUACCUAAAAUUAUUUAAGCCCAUUGCUCCUCAGGUGACAGAAUUACAAACUCCUGAUACAUUGAAACAUAAAGAACAAUCACUUUUGUCCGUCUUAGUGUCUGGAUUUCGCCCUAGAAAUAUUAAAGCUAUUUUAUAUCUAAAACGGGCAAGUCAACAACCAAUUCAGAUUUUUUGGUAUGAAUUAGAACAAAAGAAACCAAUCAACAUUUUGAAGAAGAAAACCACUGACGAAGUUCGUGUGCCUUUGAACAUCAAUGGAAAUGAAAGUGUUACAGAUGACUCAUUUAAGGCCAACAUUAAAGAAGGAAAGGCUCAUGGAGACAGCACAUACUCAUUUACAUUGAUUGUAACAACUUUUCCAGACAUUUAUAAAGACAAUGGUGCAGUUCUAACCCUCGAAAUUCAACACUCAUCAUCUAAGAAACCCAUUGAAUGGAAACGGAAGAUUAAUGUCAUUGGAGUGAAGCCCAGACUGAAUCAGAUACUGGUGCCACCCAUUCUGGUACACGGCGACCUUGUUGCUCUGACCUGCCCUAUCAAUGGAUUUAAACCCCGGCCUUUGAUUAUCACAUGGUACAAGCAAGAGCUAAAAGGGAAGGAAAAGAAAAAAAUUCUUUGUGUUAAUGAGAACGGCGGACUAAAGCACUAUAGUAAUGAUGUACAGAAAAAGAGAUACUCUCACAGUAUAAGUGAGAUGGUGGACGAGACUGACCAUACUUAUGAUGUCAUUAGUGUUCUGACCUUUAUUCCAUCAGUCAGUGAUGAUGACCAGGCCACAUUUAUCUGUGAAGUUGAGCACAUUGAUACCAACUACACUGUAAAACAGGAGAGGGUUAUACAUGUGAAAGCGACUCCAAAACUAGACUCAAUUCAGCUGGUGCACGAUUCUCCUGUGGCAGGUGCUUCAAUGGGUUUAACCUGUAGAAUUCACUCUUACUACCCGCAAACUUCCCUUGAGGUGUUCUGGUAUCUCGAUGACACUCGUCUAGUAAGCAUUGAUGUUGGAGACACGACCAGGUCAGACGAUGAACUAUAUUACUGCACAAGUAGCGUGAAAACAAUUCCUUACUGGGAAGAUGUGGGCAAAGUGUUUAAGUGCUUGGUUAAGCACGAGAGUUUACCUGUAUCUCGAGAAACAAAAUGGACUUUGGAUGAACUAGUUUCACUACCGAAAGUAUACGAAAUCUUAAGCAACCCAAAACUACCAGAGCUUGGAAAGCCUCUUACACUCUGCUGUGUGGUCAGUGAAUUUUACCCAAAAGAUUGUGACGUUGUUUGGGUCAGAGGAUAUCAAAGAAUGGAAGAUGGAACAAAAACAGAAGAGCCUGAAUUAGACAAUAUCACUAAACUGUACAGUCGAAAAACACAGCGGACGUUCUACCCCGUCAUAGAAGAUCUGGGCAGUGAGUUUACUGUGGAGAUGACUCAUCGUGGAGUUACUCAUCGGCCUGAAAAAGACUUGUUUGUUAUGAAAUUUAAAGGUAUUCCAACAGUGAGUGCAGUCACAAAGGACACUAGUAUUUGCAACUAUGGACAUCCCGUGAAGUUGUCCUGUGAUGUCACAGGAUUUCUUCCCAAAGACAUCACUGCUGAAUGGAGGCAAGACGGAAGAACAAUAACGGAAGGGGUGGAAAAGGUGUACAGUGAUGGCACUGAUGAACAUGGCUGCUACAGCCUGAGCAGCACCUUGGAUUUCAUUCCUACAGCGUAUGAUUUCAACAAAGAUUACUACUUUUUUGUUCGACAUCAGAAAUUAAAGGAACCGGUUGAGAGGCGUGCAGAAGUAUCACUGAGUGUAAGACGACCUGUGAUCUCUGAGAUCGUGACCAACCCCCAAGUUGUACAGUUUAAUCGGAAGGUCCGCCUGAGCAUCAAUAUUGAAGAUUUCUCACCUCAGGAUAUCACAGUGAUGUGGAAAAGAGCAGACAAGGAGCUUAAAGGGACACUGAACAAGGAGCUGAAUGCCAACAAGCUGCUGAAUGCAGAAAGCUGGAUUGAGUUCUUUCCACGGUUCCAAGACCAAGCGUGCAACUUCCAGUGUGAGGUGCAGCACCUGUUCUCCAAAUUCCAGAAGAAGAAGGAAUACGUACUGCUUGUGAAAGGCUGCCCGUACGUCUCGGAUAUCGUCUCCAGCUCAAGCGAACCAGCAGAAGGCCAGAAAGUCACCCUGACCUGUGACAUAAGCCAAUUCAGCCCCAAGGAAAUUGAGGUCUCCUGGCUUAAAGAUGGCAAACCUGUAAAGAGUGGCAUGAGCACAUCACAGCCAGCUGCUCAAGCCAACAGCACAUACAAUCUUACGACAAAGCUGGUUGUGACGGCUGAGAAGAAUGGCGGGCUUUUCAGCGUCCUUGUCAAACACCCGACUCUGGGUGAUGAAACGAUUAAACUGGAUCACAGGAUGACCGUCGGUGCUGAAGGCCCAACUGGACGCAUCAGGUGUCUGCAGAAGCGACCCAAGGCUGGAGAAGAUGUCACAUUACACUUUGACUUUCAAGGAGAUGAGGCUGAGAAGGACUACGUAACAUGGUUUAAAAAUAAGAAACCUUUAAAUUCAGACUUGUGGAACUGCGUGGCACUGGAAGAUGACAUGACUUUCCGGACCACCAUCACCUUUAAAACGUCUCCAGAAGAAAGCGAGUGUGAAAUUCGCUGCGAGAUAAAUGAUGGCUACUUUCCUGUUGAAGAGACUAUGAUACUCAAACUUUUCUAACUGCACACACACACACACACACACACACACUAAUGUGUGGCGAAGUGGAUACCUGGUGGUUGAUGUCACCAAGGGCACUGCCUCUUCAUGGUCAUCUCCUGCAAUGCUGUCAUGACUCAAGUGUGCCUUAAAGGAUACAACUGGUGGGGUCAACACGUCGUAACCUCAUGCGUGGUGCAACAAGCCCACAAGUCCCAGUUCCUUGUCAUGAUUCUCACUCACAUGUUCUCUACUGACUAGUGAGGGGAUGCAAUACCAAAAAGAUGAAAUGUAACGUCACACAUAAGAAAUGUGGCAAAUGAGAGGAGGCCAUUCCGUCCUUCAAGCCUGUUUGUUUAGCUAAUAGCUACGCUGUCCCAACAUCUCAUGCAGAUUCUUUAUAACAUAGCGUAUAUACAUAAGGACAUGAAGUGACAACGAGAUCAUAAAAACGGUCACUAAAUGAAGUUGAGUGAGGGCCAAAAAAGAAGAAAAGUGGGCAUAUGGGGUGGCUGAGGGCUUCAGUAGUUGUGAUAGCCAGUGUGUGUUACGUAUGCCCUGAAGUAGCCAGCUGUGUGCCAGUGAUAUGCUGUGCUGGCCUCGCCACCUCUGUGGCAUUGGAUUGAACAGGUGACCUCACAGGAUGCAAUGAGGAUGGACACCUCUCCAAUAUCCAUAAUGCACUGUGCCCACUUCAGGUCAGUCCAAGAGAUGACCCUCUUCACAGAUGCCACCUGGCUUCUGAAGUCUGUGAGCUUAGUGUCAGUUAUAGCACCUGUUGAUCAGAUCACUACCCACAACUCCAUGUUGGCACUUGUGCCAGGGCUAUCAUCAGUAAGAGCGGUGCUUUGGUAGACCAUGUGACCGCUGAUGGGAGGGUUACAUGCACUUUUCUACUGCAAAGAAAUCUGGAGUUGACCGUGAAGUGUCGGCCAGCUCUGCUUAAUGCCACUUUCUAAUGGCCAAGGUGUGGACUCUUGGAUCAGUCACUUCACCCCAUGCAUGAAGCACUUCAGGGUGGUGUUUGCUGUAGCAAGUCGCCACAUCUGUUGGACACUCCAUCUGUACCCUCACAGCUGGGUCUCGCCAUGUGGCCUUGGACUCCGUGGUCACCUGCCAUUGUUCACUUUUGUUCUGCAUAAACUUUACUGUAAAAACAAAAAUUUAAUCUGCCAAGCCUCUGUGCCACACUUGCUACGUUGCCAUGAGGCCACAGGCUGAGACUGACUGGCAUGCAGUGCUGUGAGAAAGUAUUUGCCCCCUACCUGAAAGCUGCCUUUUUUGCGUAUCUAAACACAACGAAUGUCUUCUCAGACUUUACACAACACGUAGCGUUAGAAAAUGGGAACUCAAAUGAACACAGGUUGCACUUUUAAAAUCACAACUUUCAUAAUUCAAGGAGCAAAGUGUUCCAACACCCCUGUG